GAUUGGAAACCUCUCUAACCCUAAUCGCCGCCGUCGGCCGGCCACACGCCGGUGGACGAGAAAUUGAUCGAUGCCGAAGAAAAAGAAGAAGGCCUCUCGGCCUGUUCGCCCUGCCUCUAAAUUCGAUCGGGUCUUAGCCUCUUCGAAGGGAUCGAGCUCUGUUCAUCCGUCUCUUCAAGCCUCCGCCACAAAGUCUUCAGAUCUGUCUUGUUUGGUCUCGAUUGAAUCCAGUCCACAAGAGGCGUUAAUGGGAGACCUUCCCGCAGUUCCUGCUUCUGUUAGUAGUUCUGUCUCCGCCUUGCCAGACCAGAUUCCUUCAUCCUCGUGUUUUCCGGUCGAGGCUGGGUUAUCCAACCCAAAGCUUCCCGAAACACUCGCGAUUUCGCCUCCUGUUGUCGACACAGUGUGCGAGAUCUCCUCCACUGUUGUCACUUCUACUUUGCAAGGAAGCUCGUCCUCAGCUCAAGCAAAUCUGGACAUCUCUUUGCCCUCAGUUCCCAACUCUGUUCCAUCUUACGCGGAUGCGACCAAGUCUCAGAAAAUGGAUUGCCCUUGGGCCACGAAGUUUAAAGCUUCUCUUCGAAAUCUUAAGCAGAUGGAACCUCCAUCUUUCUUGGAUGAUGGUACCCCUGUUGUGGUUGCUCCUCCGUCUGUCCUCUUGAAGACAGCUGCCAUGUGGAAGGGUCACCUUGUUGCCCAAUUCCACGGUCUUUGUCCUCCUUCGACGAAAAUCUUCUCUGAUUUGAAUCCAAUAUGGGGUCGAUAUGGUCCCAUUACAGUGAGAAUUAUCUCGGAAACUGCGGCUCUCAUCUUCAUUCCAUCUACAGCUACUCGUCAAUGGGUAGUUGAUAUCGGUUUUUGGCAAGCCGGGAAUUGCUCCUGUACUGUCUACCCUUGGUCUCCUGACGGCCUCCUCGAGCUUGAAGAGCUACAAUCUGCUCCAACUUGGGCUGUGCUGAAGAAUGUGCCGCCUCAGCUGUAUUCUUUGGAGGGUAUUAGUGUCAUUGCCAGCGGCAUUGGCGAACCUCUUCACACAGAAAAGUCUAGGCUUGACCCGGUGAAUAUUGGGGUUACAAAGGUCAAGGUUGUAAUCAAGUUGGAUUCAACCUUGCCAAGUGUGGUUGUUGUUCGCGAUGUUCAGGGUAACUCAGCUCGCGUUGCUGUCGAGUAUCCACGACCUCCUCCCAAAUGUCUAAACUGUGGAAGAUAUGGACAUUUAAUAAGUCGAUGCCCCAAGCCACUAAUGAAGAAGAUCCCUUCUAAAAAAGUUGAGCCUUCGGGCUUGAAAGAGGUAACUCACCCAUCAAUUAUCCUCCCUUCGUCUGAGUUUGGAGCUGGAAGUGGUAAGGAAUCUCUUGCUACUCCAGGGGGAAACACUACCAAAGUCAAAAGAAGGAGAUCACGGUCCAAAAAACGCUCUACCAGCCUGCCUCCUACGAUAUUACUUCCUCUUCCUGUUGACAAAGGGAAAAAAGUUAUAGCAAGCUCUUCUGAAACUGGAAAGAAGUGGGUGGUGAAGGCAAUGGCUAAUCGAUUGGCGACUUCCCAGUUUACGCCGACUGCUGCUGUUGUUAAGGGGCCUCGGGAAUCUGUUUCUACUUCCUUCUUCACGGCUGCUGAUUCUGUUCUUGGUCCUUCUGCGAUAGUUUUGAAUUCUGAGGAGCGCAAUGCGAUUGUUUUAAAUUCUGCUGAGCGCAAUGCGAUUGUGGACAAGCCUCAGGUUGUAAUUGAUGAUGAUCUUUUCCCUAUUCCACCCGGUUGGGGUGUGAUGUCAAAGAAAACAAGGAAGAAAUUGAAAAAAAUAUGGCACAACCAGAUGAGAUCAGGUGCUCAAGCUUUGGCACGAGGCGAGUCCUCGGGCGGAGCUGCAACAGAGGCUAAUGCGGCUUCAGUUUUGGCGGCUACCCUGCCUGGUUGGCGUAUGGAGUGCAACUAUUGUUGCUCAGAACUGGGUAGGAUCUGGUUAGUCUGGGAUCCUUCAGUGUCUGUUUUGGUCUUCAAGAAAUCAGAGCAAAUGAUUUUGUGCAGCGUGAAAGUGCCUAACAUCGCUAAUUCCUUUGCUGCGGCUUUUGUUUACGGGAAGAACACGGAUGGUGAGAGAAGACUACUAUGGGAAGAAAUAAAUAGUCUGUCUCCUUCCUCUCCGUUGAAGGUUUCUCCUUGGCUCUUAUUGGGAGAUUUCAAUCAGAUUGCGGCGACAUCAGAUCAUUUCUCUGUCAUUCCUUCUUCAUUUUCUCUUAGGGGACUGGAUGACUUUCAAGAUUGUCUAAGAGAUAACGACCUGGUUGAUAUCCCAAGUCGUGGUGUCUUUUUUACUUGGUCAAAUCAUCAGCAACAAAAUCCUAUUAUCAGGAAGUUGGAUAGGGCCUUGGGAAAUAAUGAGUGGUUUAACUCCUUCUCAAGUGCGGUUGCUGUCUUCGAACCUCCAGGUGAUUCUGAUCACUCCCCAUGUAUUAUUCAGUUGGAGAAUCCACCUAUUCACUCUAAGAAGUCUUUCAAGUAUUUCUCCUUUUUGGCUUCCCAUCAUACCUUCCUGGAGUGUAUGAAGGCUGCUUGGCAGGAGCAGACUUUAGUUGGCUCUAAUAUGUUCAUGCUGGGGGAGCGUUUAAAGCAUGCCAAGAUUGCUUGCAGAAGAUUAAAUCGGAUUGGGUUCGGUAAUCUGCAGCAAAAAACAAGAGACGCCCUGUCUCAUCUUGAGGAUAUUCAGUCCCAGCUGCUCACCAUUCCCUCAGAUUCUCUGUUCAGGCUUGAACAUGUGGCCAGAAAGAGGUGGAAUUUCUUUGCAUUGGCUUUGGAGUCUUUUUACAGACAGAAAUCAAGAAUAAGAUGGCUUAAGGAGGGAGAUGCAAAUACAAGGUUUUUUCACAGGGCGGUUAUUGCUCAUCAAGCCAAGAAUCUCAUCAAAUAUCUUAGAGCUGAUGAUGACUCAAAGGUGGAAAAUGUGGAGCAGAUAAAGGAUAUGAUUGUUUCUUAUUAUACUCAUCUUUUGGGGUCUGAAAAUGAGUCGACGGUUCCUCUUUCUGUUGAAACUAUCAAAGCUCUUCAUCCUUUUAGAUGUGAUGACACUCUGGCUGCGAAGCUCUCGGCCAUUCCCUCUGAGGAGGAGAUUACUUUGGCUUUCUUCUCUAUGCCUAAGAACAAGGCUCCGGGGCCCGAUGGGAAAGAAGGGCAUUAGACAAGGGCUCCUAAAUAUUUGGAAAUUGCAUGGAUUUUAAUAAUAUUCUAAGAUAAAUAUAUGAAUUUAUCAAUAUUGUAUAUUUCCUCCACCAUAUGAACUAUGAAGUGUCAUACAAGCCAAACGGGAACCCAUACCAUUUUUUUCUUUAAGAUAUUCAAUUAUUGAUCUCUGUGUUCAUGUGGUUUUCUUAUCUUAAUAAAAUCCAAGAGGUAUC